GACACUACAAACGUACAAAAAGUUGCUCUUUUGGGUCCAUUAAAAUCAAAUCUAUCAGUUUGACUUUUCAUGUCCACGUGUUCCCAUAAUGGCAGUUUCGUAAUUAAAACAGUAAACUAAUAAUCCAAAACCAACGACGAACACAACGAUGAAUGAACCAAGCCAAAAUACAAAUACUGAUGAUGACUUCCGAUGCAACCCCAAUUUUUGUUAUUUAUACCUUCUUAUUAUUUCAAUCCAUUUUCCAAGGACUUCUCUUUUCUUGUCUGCAACAGAAGUUAUUAUUUUCUCGAGAACCAAACACAAGCAAACUAUUUUCUAUUUGUUCUUAUUUUGGGUGGAUUCAUUGAACCUAGACAGGAUUUGGGUUUUGCUUAUUUUGCAGGAAAGUUGAAUUCUUUAAUCAAAAUCAGGGGGGAUGACUGUAAAAUUUUAUAGGUAUUUUUUUCAAAGUGUGUGGUGGUAACGUAUAUACGUAAUGCCGAGAUGCUGUCUGUUUAUUUGAGUUAUUUAUUUAUUUGUUUAUGUUUUCCUUUUCAUGUAAUGUUUUUUUCUUUUACUUUCAGUGGUUGAGUGCUAGCAUGGAUUUUUGAUCACAAGGGGGAACUAUUAUUUUCUUAUUAUAUAAAUACUUUUCUUUGGCAAUCUUGUGCUGUCCACUAUCAAUGGUUUUCAUGGGAAGUACAUGAAUGAAAAUUGAGGUGAAUUAGGAGUUGAUGUCUUUGGUGCACUCAAUGGACGCAGAGCAUGAAACAAUGGAUCAUGUGAAUAGUUUAAGUCAGCCUCAGAACACAAUACACAAAGUUGUUCUUCCUCCUAAGCAGAACCUCUUGAAAGAGUUCAAUGCGACGUUCAAAGAGACAUUCUUUUCAGAUGAUCCUCUUCGUCCGUUCAAGGAUCAGUCAGGAUCUAGAAAGUUAAUUCUAGGCAUCCAAGCCAUCUUCCCCAUACUUGAUUGGGGAAGAGGUUAUAAUUUAAAGAAAUUUCGAGGGGACCUUAUCGCAGGACUGACAAUUGCUAGUCUUUGCAUUCCUCAGGAUAUUGGAUAUGCAAAACUUGCAAACUUGGAUCCCAAGUAUGGUUUAUACUCCAGCUUUGUUCCGCCUUUGAUAUAUGCUUUCAUGGGAAGUUCUAGAGAUAUAGCUAUAGGACCUGUGGCUGUGGUGUCUCUUUUGUUAGGGUCUCUGCUUCAGGAUGAGAUUGAUCCUAAAAAGAAUCCAGAUGAAUAUCUGAGGCUAGCAUUCACAGCUACCUUUUUUGCAGGAAUCACCCAAGCAGCCCUCGGGUUCUUAAGAUUGGGUUUCUUGAUCGACUUCCUAUCGCAUGCUGCUAUUGUUGGUUUUAUGGGUGGAGCUGCCAUCACAAUUGCCCUCCAACAGCUUAAAGGUCUUCUUGGAAUAAAAGAUUUUACGAAGAAAACUGAUAUUGUUUCCGUAAUGCAUUCAGUAUUUGGUUCCAUUAAUCAUGGAUGGAACUGGCAGACUAUUGUUAUUGGUGUGAGCUUUUUAGCUUUCCUCAUUUUUGCCAAGUACAUUGGAAAAAAGAACAAGAAAUUCUUCUGGGUGCCAGCAAUCGCUCCAUUGAUAUCAGUUGUUCUGUCAACUUUUUUUGUCUACAUAACUCGUGCCGACAAACAAGGGGUUCAAAUUGUAAGACACAUAGACCAAGGAAUUAAUCCUGCAUCUCUGAAUAAAAUAUAUUUCAGUGGUCCAUAUCUUGCAAAAGGUAUUCGGAUUGGUGUUAUUGCCGGGAUGAUAGCAUUAACGGAAGCUACAGCAAUUGGAAGGACAUUUGCAUCCAUGAAAGACUAUCAACUAGACGGAAACAAAGAAAUGGUGGCGCUAGGAACAAUGAAUGUUGUUGGUUCAAUGACUUCUUGCUAUGUCGCCACAGGUUCAUUUUCUCGGUCAGCCGUAAAUUACAUGGCUGGCUGCCAUACAGCAGUCUCCAACAUUAUCAUGUCUUGCGUUGUGGUUCUUACUUUAUUUUUCAUCACACCUCUAUUCAAGUAUACCCCAAAUGCUAUUCUAGCCGCCAUUAUUAUAUCGGCCGUGCUUGGCCUAAUUGACUUUGAGGCAGCAAUUUUGAUAUGGAAGAUAGAUAAAUUUGAUUUUAUUGCUUGCAUGGGAGCAUUCUUCGGCGUAAUUUUUUAUUCAGUAGAAAUCGGCCUAUUGAUUGCAGUUGCAAUAUCAUUUGCCAAAAUUCUGCUGCAAGUUACUAGGCCACGGACUGCAAUUCUAGGAAAAUUAGCUGGAACAAAUGUGUAUAGAAACAUUCAACAAUAUCCAGGGGCAACUAAGGUUCCUGGUGUUAUGAUUGUGAGAGUUGAUUCUGCAAUUUACUUUUCCAACUCCAAUUAUAUUAGAGAGAGGAUUUUGAGAUGGUUGAUAGAUGAGGAAGAAGAAUUAAAAUCAUCCUACCAACCAAAAAUACAGUUUUUAAUUGUGGAGAUGUCGCCUGUUACUGACAUUGACACCAGUGGUAUCCAUGACUUGGAAGAACUAUACAAGAGCCUUCUAAAGAAAGAUAUUCAGCUGAUUCUAGCAAAUCCUGGACCUGUGGUAAUCGACAAGCUCCACGCCUCGAGUUUUGCUCAAACAAUCGGUGACGAUAAAAUCUUCCUUACAGUAGCAGAUGCAGUGUCAUCAUGUUCUCCAAAAAUGGCAACACAAGCCGUUUGAGAUAUUAAAAAAAGAGUAUGGAUGAGAGUGGUUUUAAUGGCAAAGUGAGGGAGAGGAAACUUGUGUUUAUAGUAAGAAUUGAGUUAGUUGGUGAUGUGAUGUUGGUUUCUUUAUGGUUUCAUUUUGGUUUCUUUUCCUGCUCCCGGCCAAAAAUACAAGGAUAAGGCUUCACUCAAGGAUAAGGCUUCAAGGAAAUAAAAGAAUAUUGUGAGUGUGUUUGUUGUUGGUGUUUAACUCCACUGAUUCUGAACUUAAUUACUUGUAAAUUUUAAUAUUACACACAUUAGUAAAAUCCUUUCCUUAUUUUACAAGUUACUUUGUAAGUAUAUGCUAUCUGCCAUUGGAUUACAGCAUUACAAAAUAUUCUGAGAAUUGGUAGUCCUAAAAGCUGUGGACUUUGGACAUCAUUUUAUUGUACAGAUGUUAUGUUUUAAUGUUUUAUUUUGGUGAUAUGCUAUUUAAAUCAAUACUUUUUUAUUA